AAAAAAAUCCCCCUCCCUUCCAAAUUCAAAAAAAUAGAAUGACCAAAGCUUCCACUCUUCUUCAAAUCCAUUUCACCAUUUUUGAACUGAACAACUAAACCUAAAAAAAUUAUUAAAUUAAUUAAAAAAUGACAACAAACCCUAAAUCACUUCAAAACGAUCGAUUCUUCACUUCAUUAAUCUCAGACAUUAAAUCUUACAGCGGCAAAGACCCUCUUCUCCCUUGGCUCCGGGGAAUCAAGAAAAUGAAGGAGACAUUGGCGUCAAAUGUGUUGAAAGAAAAGUUGCCACGAUUUUUACAGAAAUGUACUCAAACAUUUGAGUCUGAUCGUUGUUAUCGGAAUGAUUUGCGUUAUAUUCGUGUUUGGUUACAGCUGAUGGAUUUUGUAGAUGAGCCAAAAGCAUUAUUGAGGACGAUGGAAAUGAAUUCUAUAGGCAUAAAGAGAUCAUUGUUCUACCAGGCUUAUGCUCUUUACUAUGAGAAGAUGAAGAAAUUUGAAGAGGCGGAGAAAAUGUACCAUUUAGGUGUGCAAAACCUUGCGGAGCCUGUUGACGAGUUACAGAAAUCCUAUGACCAGUUCCUCCAUCGUGUUGAAAGACACAGGAACAAGAAAGUCAAGCUCCGGGAACUUAGGACAGGCAGAAAACCUUUGUCGGUCAGGAAGAUUGUACAGAACGAUGAGAAUGUAUGUAAUUUUGAGGGUAGGCCUAAAGAGAUUAUGAACACAGGCUCUCAGAUUGUGAAGCAACCUGUAGAAUCUACAAGGGUUUCGGCGAAUUCAUGUAAAGCUGGAGAUAAAAUUGCACAAAUAACGACAGGAAGACAGUUGGAAAAAUCCAGGAUGUUUUGUGGUGAUGAUACAGUAGUCGUAAGGUUUGUAGAUACUGCAAUAAUUGGUAAGCCUGAAGCAGAAGAUGCCUGUCAUCAUGGACUGGUGGAUCCAACCAUAAAUAUGAAGGAAGCAAUGAAUGCAAUCAAUAGCAUGUUUCGGGAGCCAUUGGAGACCGGUCCUGUCAGUAAAAGGUCACAAAGUAGCCAACAUAAUUUGAACAACAGAUUCAAUGUCUUCGUUGAUGAAAAUUUGUCUAACAGAACCGAAUCAUCACAUCGAACAGAAGAAAAGGCUGACAACGAACCAUUUCAGAUAUUCAUUGAUGAUGACGAAAAUGGCGAGAAUCGAGACGAAACAGAUGAGAAUGACCAGUUUGAUCCGUGCGAGGGUGGAAAUUCUGCAGAAGGCUCUCGCUCAUCUAAUGAACAUCAGGAUACUUUUGUAUUCUGCUGUCCGAAAGAUCCUGAAAACUCCAAUGACAUUAGUGCAGAAAAUUCACCGCGUGUAAAGCUUAGAGAAGAUACAGUUGUCCGUAGGUUUGUCGGGUCUACCAUUUUAGAUGAGCCGGCAGUAGAGAAUGCAUGUCACCAUGGCUUAGUAGAUCCUACAGUCAACCUGAAGGAGGCUAUGGAUGAUAUAAAUAACAUGUUUGGUAAGCCAAUAGAUUUCGUAAGGAAGAGGAGAGCAAAACAGCAGGAAAAAGCACCAGCUCCGAAAGAAGAUCUCGGUGGCUUUUCUAUACUUGCAGAUGACGAUUUAGAGCAUAAAAAUGGUCCGCCACUGCGGAAAACAAGAUCAUCUGGUGUAAGAGAUGCAGACUUGUUUGAGCCUACUGUAUUUACCAAAGAAGCAUUGGAUGAUAUAAAUAAAAUGUUUGGAAUGCCAUUGGACUUCUAGGAAAUUGGUAAGUUGAUAUGUUGUAGCUUACUGUUCUGUGAUUCUGUUUCUUGUAUCAUUCACUGUUUUGGAAAAGUUAAUGCAUCACAUUGUGUUUUGAAUCCA